CACAUUCCCACAGCUACUCUCUCAUCACUCACUCUCUCAAUCUCCCUCUCAAUCUUGAUUUAAAAUGGUAUGUUUUUUCCAAUAUGAAUACCUAUUUGCCUGCAAAAGUUCAGUGGAUUACAAUUGAAAUCUAUUUUUUCCUUAGGCUACGAAGACCAGUUGAAACUGCCUUGAAAGAUGCAAAUCUUUCCUUCAAAGAUUUAGAUGAAGUAAUCCUUGUUGGUGGUUCAACUCGCAUCCCAGCUGUUCAUGGGUUUUGUGAGGAAGAUGACCGGAAAAGAGCCCAAUGUGACUGUAAAUCCUGAUGAAGUUGUUGCUCUUGGGGCUGCUGUUCAGGAGUAUCGAUGGAGAAUGUUGGAACAGUGAAGGGAGACAAACUCGUAUUAAGGGGUUUGAAGUUCCAUGGAUAUCAUGGGGUGAAGCCAAAAGAAAGGAAGCUGGGUCAGAAGUCCUCGGUGGAUGUUGAUGCCUGGUUGGACCUUCAGCCAGCUGGUAAAUCUGAUUGCUUGUCAAAUACUGUUAGUUAUACUGAUAUUUACCGGUAAGCUAAAAUUUAAAAUCUGAUUGCGUUCUCACAUUUUGAAUGUUUGCCUUGAUGGGCAAAAGUUCAUCUUAAUUUUCAUGGAUUCUUAAACCAUCUUCUUAAUGAUUCCCAGUAAAUGUGAAAGUUUAUGGCAUAACUUGAGGCCUUAUAUGAUUAAUAGACAUCUAAUAAUGCAAACCUACAUAAUGUAUGCAUUUUAAUACCAAUGAUAAUAAUUGUGCUUUUUGAUGAAUCUUUUCAUUCUGAGAACUAUCCAUAUGUUAUGUAUUGUCUUGUGGAUAGAAAUAGUGACACAAAUGUUAGCAACAAGUUGAUUUUUGGAGAAGACAAGGACCUUUUGAGUCAUCCCAAUCUGAAUUUUACUUCAUUUGUUGUUGGUAAAAAGAAUCUGGUUGAUACAUUCUACUAUCUUCAGAUUAAAGCAAUUGUGGUUGGAGGAGAGGUGCUUAACAUAUCAGAGGAGACUUGGAAUUUGUCACCAGAAGGAGCUGGUGGUACGAUAAUCGAUUCUGGUACCACCCUAAGUUAUUUUACAGAACCUGCUGAUGAGAUUAUCAAGGAGGCAUUUGUGAAGAAGGUUAAAGGGUACCCGUUAUUAGAAGACUUUCCCAUUCUGAGUCCUUGUUACAAUGUGUCUAGAGUUGAGAAGAUAGAGCUGCCUGAAUUUGAAAUUCAUUUUGCAGAUGGAGCUGUGUGGAAUUUCCUAGUUGAGAAUUACUUUAUCCUGCUUGAACUAGAGGGUAUUGUUUGUUUGGCAAUUAUGGGAACUAGUCGUUCCAGUCUUUCAAUAAUUGGAAACUACCAGCAGCAGAAUUUUCACAUCUGGUAUGACAUAAAGAAGUCUAGGCUGGGAUAUGCUCCAAUGAAGUGUGCUGAUGUUUGACAUUUUUAUAGAAGAUUGGAGAUGAUGGAAGGAAAAUUGUAUACAAUGGUGAAUAGGAAGGGAGAGUUUUUUUUUUUUUUUUCAUGAAAGAUAACACACAAAAUGUAGAUUCAUUGUUUUUUUCAAUCUUUUGA